AUGCGCAAGAGCGCGCGGGCGUACACGCGGGUUGUGCUCAGGCUGAGGGCACAGGUCGAGGCGGCGGCGCGCGUGCGUGCCAAGCACGGAUUCGUCCAGAGCCCCGUCGGCGAGCCGGGUGCAGGACCGCCGACGGCGUGGGCGCCGAAUCAAGGGGCGCCGACGGCGCAGGCAAGAAGGCAAUUUUCGCGCUCGUCGAGUCGCGCGCCGUCUCCUACGGAUACGGAAGACUACGCGGUCUCGAGGACGGGCCACUCGCGCUCGCGCUCGCGCGUGUCGAACCGCGCGCCGCAGUCCGUCGCCGAGAAGCGGACGACGGGCGGCGCGUUCCGGUCGCCGCUGUUCAAGCCCGGGCGGGCGGCGCUGCUGCGCGUGUUCGUGCCGAGUCGGGAGGGGAGCUGGUUGAGCGACGAGAGCGUGGUGAGGUGCGAGGAGGAGUUGAGGAAGGCCGCGGCGGGCAUGCGCGGGAUGGGGCUGUUGAAGGUCGGGGACGUGGUGUGGGACGUUGCGGUGGGCGAGGAGGGGAACGUGGGGAGGUUGGUGUGGGACGGGGCGUAUUUGAUCGAUCUGGAUUACACGUACUCGCGCACGGGGGACGUGCCGAAGUACCUGCAUUCGCUGGCGUUCCCGCCGUCGUACUUUCAUCGCGUGAUACGAUCUGCGCCGGCGCCCACGCCCGCUCCGCCGCCUUCGUCCUCGCCUGGGACGCAUACGGACAACUCGGCGGGGACGGCGAAUCCGAUCGUGCACGUCGAUCUGCGACCGUGGGCGGACGAGAUAUGCGGCUCCGUGCGGCUGAUGCAAGAUCGUCUUCGGACGGAGGGUAGGAGGACGGUCGUGCGGUGGGUGCACCGUGCGCGGUUUCAUAUCAGAGGAGGAGGAGAGGGAGGGAUUCCGAUACCGGGCACGGAUGCCGUUGUGGAUCGAGGGUGGUACGGCGCGGUGGUGGUUGAGGCGGAGGGGACGAACGAGGGGUUGGCGGAGUUGAGGGCGCGGUGCGGGGUAGAGAGACAUCCGCGGUAUGGAGAGGCGGAGUGGGAGGAGAGAAAGGUGUUUAGGAUAUUGAGGGAGAGGAGCCGGCCGGGCGAGAUCUGGAUCAGGACUGUGGGGGAGAAGGAACGGCUGAUGUGA